CUUAAAUAUUUGCUAAAUAUUUGUAUGCAUUUCUUAUAAAUCGAUUGUAUUUAUUAAAUGAAUUGAUAUUAUUAGUAUUUUUGUGUAUUAAUUAUUAAUAUUAAUCAGUAAUAAACAAUGAGUAACUUAAAGAUUAGUGUAACAGAAAGGGAUCGAAAUUUUUGUGAAGAAGAGUGUCAUCGAUGUAGUGAUAAUCAUAGAGAAGUUGUUUUGGUUAACGAUUCCGACGACCAAAAACCGUUGGAUAAGACAAAGUUUGGCGAAUUGAUCAACAAAUUAGGCAAAGAUCUAAAAGUGGUUGAAUUGGGAGGACUUAAGUUGGAUAACGAUGUCAUCGGUUUAAUUGCUAACUCAGGCGCUGCCAUUGAAUGUAUCCGUAUAUAUGACUGCACCGGAGUUACCGAUGAAAUACUUAAGUUAUUAGGACAACGAUUUAGUAAAUCACUAAUACAUGUGGAACUCAUAGGAUUUUCAAAUGGUUUCUAUACUAAUGAAGGAAUCAAAGCACUUAUCCUAUCAAUUGGUAACUUAGAGGCCAUACAUAUAGACUCAGCCAUUGCAGUGAUGGCAUCAAUGCCCGGAACCAUCACUAAUAUGAAACAUGUUUGGUCUAAGGUAUCGGGCAAUGAAAAAGAGUUAUUAACACAGUUUACGAUAAAAUAUGCACAAUAUUUACGCAAUUUGGACAUUACAUUAUCGGCUACCAGGAGUGAGACACCCGAUUUUGUGGCAAUUUUGGGCAAUCUCACCAAUUUAUUUAAAAUGUCAGUCACAGCAACCGGUGACACACCGAUUGACAACCAAUUAGGACUUAUAGGUGAAAAGUUUGGACCAAACUUUAAAGAGUUAAAUAUAUGUGUUUGGUCUGGUGGUGAUCAUCUAUUAGAAGCGGUCGGUAAGUUUACAAACUUAGAGACACUGACCAUCAAUGGUCGGUCACCAAUGAGACACAUUGACUUCCGGCUAAAUACAAAUCUGGAGAAGUUGUCUGCGUGUAAAAAGUUACGUCACUUAAGACUGAUUCUCAAGAACCACAAUCCAAAUCUCUAUGAAAAUAUUGACACUUAUUUGCCACAACUGGAGAUCCUUGAGUUAGUUGGGCUCGACAUAGGCGACGGUGCGCUCAAAUGUCUGGCAAAACUCAAAAAUAUAAGUUUUCUUGACAUUGCUUCUCCUCUGCUCUCUGAUGGCGGUGUUAUCAACAUAAUAGAUAACAGUGCUAAGUUGACCUGGCUCAGACCUAAUGGUAGUGAUGUCAUUAACCCGGAUCACACAUCGGUUGGACCGAAAACGUUGGACGCGUUUACAGCGGCGGCCCGGAAGAGACAGGACAUUCAGUUUGAAAUUACGUUUAACAGUAACGCAAAAAUAGAUUUGGACGCCAGGAAAGGUAGUCUACCGAACAACCUAUCGGUCAAAAUCAUUGACACACCAUUUCUACUGUCGUUUCCCGGCUCUACUCCUCGAGGCUUUUAAACAACUUUUUUCCC